AUGGCUUCCUCUGCUGAUCAUAAAUUCUCCACCAUCUUUCUGCUCCUGUGCCUUGCCUUCCUAUUUAUCUCCACAUCGGAGGUCCAACUUGCCGAAGCAAAAACAUGUCAAAGGCGUAGCAAUACAUUCUCAGGGCCUUGUUCAAAGGAUGGAAGCUGCAAAAAUCAGUGCAUCCACGUGGAACGUGCAAAAAACGGAGCUUGUCACCGUGAUGGCACUAGUUCUGUUUAUGUCCAACUUGCAGAAGCACAAGGUUGUCAAAUGAAGAGCAAAACAUUGUCAGGGCCUUGUUUAAACACGAAUAGCUGUAAAAAUCAGUGCAUUAACGUGGAACAUGCAAAUUUUGGAGCAUGCCACCGUGAUGGCUUUUUUCUGCUACUUCUGUUGAGCAUUGAGUUUGUGGUCAAGCAAUGUCCACCUUUAAUAUUUCCAAUAAAAUUAUGGGAGAAAAUAGUUAGUUUCUUUCUUUCUCCCAUUGCAUCUCUGGGUUGA